AACCAUCCCAUUGGAGCUGCAGUGAUUUUCCACAUAACUAAACAUAUAGUAAUACUAUUUACUGUUUCUAUUUACACAGCACUAAAUAAUAAUCGGUUACACGUCGGUAACAGCUAUAAAUAUGGUCAAUAACAGUUACUUGUCACAAUUAUAACGUCGUGGCCUGUUAUCGGACGGUCUGGUCUACGAUUUACUGCUCACAAGACACCUUGUCCUUCCGUUUAAUGGUUAUAACGUUGUAAAUUUAACUGUUAUUGUUUCAAACGUUAAAAUUAACGAUUAUUGUGAGGGGAUGUCGCGCGUUUGAUAAAAUGACGUUGAAGGAGGCACGAAUUAUAUUUGUGACUGGAGCGGGAUCAAUUACACUACAAAUAUCUAAUUAAAAGCUGGAAUAUGUGUAUGUAUAUUUUCUAAGAGGGCUUACAAAGAAGUCAAAAGUGACAUAUAAAAAAGAGCCUGCAGACUAUAAAAGAAAAUCUGAAUUGUUGUGGACAGCACAAUGAAAUAUAAAUCCAAUAUCAAGAAAUAUGUAGUCUCGGAAUCAUCUCCAAAUAUGACAAGCUCAGAAGUCGAUUACGUCGUUAAAUCCAUUGGAGCGUUCGGUACUUGGCAAGCAAUAAUAUGCAUAAUAUCUAUGAGUGCUAGAUCUAUAUUAAUAUGGAAUAUAGCAUCAAUACUUUUCUUAACAUCUACCACAAAAUUCAGAUGUCUUAAAUUUAGAGAUAAACCAGACGUAAUAGAGGAUUCGACAUGUUAUAAAAGUUGUUUAGAAUACGAAUAUUAUAAUGAUGUAUUUAAAUCAAAUAUAAUAUCGGAGUUUGGUUUAAUUUGUGAGAAAUCUUGGCUUGCGAGUCUUGUGCAGACAGUAUUAAUGUUUGGCGUGCUAAUUGGUGUGGCAGUAACAGGAUGGAUUUCUGAUAGAUUCGGACGCCAAAUCGCUAUUAUAUUGAGCGGAGUUAUAUCAGUUGUAUUCACAAUAGCGUCUUCCUUUACCACCGACAUUUGGAGUUUUACCGGUUUAAGAUUUAUUGUUGGACUGGGAUCUGGUGGAAUAAUGGCUACGACCAUAGUUAUAAUAUUGGAAGUAGUCGGACCGGAACAUAAAGAAUUUGCAGGCGGUGCCAGUAUUUUAGGCGAUGGAAUAUCACAAUCAGUUUUGGCAAUCUGCGCGUACUAUGCUUCAACUUGGAAUAUCUACAUACUUUCUUAUGCAAUACUUUCAUUGUUAAUAUUGAUACCAAUAAUAUUUUUACCUGAAACACCAAGAUGGCUGGUGGCGAAUAGACAAAGUGAUAAAGCUAUUAAGCUGAUGACGACUGUUGCGAAUUUGAAUAAAUUAAAUACUGACGAUAUCAAAGAAAACGUUACAAAAUGUAUAAAAGAUAUCGAAGACAAACAAAAGGAACCACUUAAAACUACUUUUAUGGAUUUGUUCCGAACAAAGGAAUUAGCUUUAACAACCGUCAAUUCCGUAAUCAUUUGGACAAUCGGCGGGGUGUCUUACUUUGGUAUAAAUCAAUACGUGACAGUAUUGGGAACAAGUAAUUUAUAUUUAGUAGUUGUUAUCAGUGGCUUAGUGCAGAUACCAGCAACGCUCGUAGGCAUGAUGUUUAACAAGAUGUUUGGAAGGAAGAUUUCAUCAUUGAUCGCUUUUGUAUCCAUCGGAGUUUCCAUGACAAUCCUGAUCUUUAUACCAGAUGAUCACUGGGCGAGCACAGUAUUCGCAUUAGCCGGUUUAAUAGCAGCAACUAUUUUAUUUGCAGUUAUUUAUGUCCAGGCUAAUGAGUUAUUUCCUACUCCAUUAAGAAAUAUGGGUUUUGGCGUGAGCUCUGCUGGAGCUAAAGUUGGUGCAAUGUUAGCACCUUUUAUAGUUAAUUUACAUCCGCAUUGGAUAGCUUCUAUGGUGUUUGCUGUUUUGCCAUUCAUAGCUGCUGGAUUUACACUGACAUUAACUGAAACUAAAGGGGUGAAAUUAAAAGAUACAAUUGAUUAGGAAGGUUUUUUCGAAUACUCGUCUAACGUACUUCUUUAGUCAGCUUGUGACCACGGCUAGUGUAAACGAGUCGAAAGGUCGAGAGGGGUAAAUUAAAAAACUAAAACCUUUAUUUACCAUAAAAUUAUUUGUGUUAACUCCCGUUUAUCUAUAUUAAUUAUGUAGGUAUACAUAUUAGUGU